AUGUCGUUGCAACCGUCUCUAAGCUCGCGGCUUCUCUCUCAUCCUGAGACAACAACGCAGUACAUUCGUGCGACACAAUCUGCUUUCCUCAGGUGGGCUGGCCAGGGUCGAUUAUCACCCCUCGUCCUCUCUCAAUGGCUGUCCCAGGAUCGGCUCUACGCCCAAGCUUACGUGCGUUUUAUUGGAGGUCUUCUAUCUCGUGUGAGGCUGCCCAUCACUCAGCCGUCUGUGGGGACAGUGGAGUGGCGCGUAUUGAGCGUUCUGACCGAAGCAUUGGAGGGCAUUACAAGGGAGCUGGCAUUCUUCGAGGAAAUGGCGGACAAGUAUCACUUGGAUUUAGCAUGUUCGGUGGAAGACCAAAUCGACGCCACUCCACGCCGUGAGUUUGGUCCCAACACGGUCACCGCGGAAUAUGUGCAUUUGUUCGACUCUUUUAGUGGCCCAAAUGCUGGAAUAGAUACGAGCAGGUCACUAUUUGACGGCCUGGUACUGCUAUGGGCUACCGAAAAGGUCUAUUUGGACGCUUGGACUUAUGCCAAAGAACAGGGUCGUAGCCAGGACAUCCAGCAGGAGGGGGAGGAGGAUCUGGACGGAGGAGCAUUGAGGAACGAGUUCAUCCCAAACUGGACCUCAAACGAGUUCGUAGCGUUUGUAAGGGAAAUCCAGGCCUGCCUGGACGAUUAUGCCGUGGCACACGAUGACAGCGACCACGAAGACAUCGCUCUGGACAUAUGGAAACAGGUUUUGCGAUUGGAAGAGGGCUUCUGGCCCAAUGUCAGCUCCAAGGACGUGGCAUCUGCAGCAUUGAAAUGA